CUCAUGUCAAGUCCCUAAGGUAAGGUGUAAAGAGAAGCGAAGUGAAUCAAUCUCUUUUUUCGGUUGUGUUCUUGUUACGUACGUACAUGUGCUAACGAUUAAGAGGCACCUCGCUAGCUAUCACUGUUUGUAAAGAAUAGAAAAGUCGUUAUCAACGGCAUUGAAAUAAACCUGUCGGCCAUGAGCUUGGACAGCGUCGCUGAACAACUUGCUGGUGCAGAUCCGCAAUUGGCCCAGUUUCUCCAGGCUGAAACUCAGAAACAAAGAUUUCAAGGCAUUGUUCACAGCCUAACUGAUCAGUGCUGGGACAUUUGCAUGGAAAAACCUAGCUCUCGUCUGGAUUCCAAAACUUCUUUCUGCAUUACCAACUGUGUUGACCGGUUUAUUGAUACUUCAAACUUUGUUGUAAACAGACUGGAGAAGACACAGUCCACCUUUUCAUCAGAACUGGAUAAUUAAGAAUCAACCUGCUCUGUUUAUGUAGUGUUUGUAGUAAAUAACCCAUAGAAAUGUUUUCCAAA